UAUGCUUGAGAAUGACAUGCAUUGGGAUCUUACACUUGAAGAUGCAGCAUUGUCAUCAAGUCCACAUCAAAUUCGGACACUUUUCGCAAUUAUUAUAGCCACGUGCCAAUUGAAUUGUGGCAAAAACAUCAAAAUCAUUUGUCAGAGGACUUUUUACAUCGAUUGCGCCGUCAAACGGGUGAUAUAAACAUGGACUAUACGCCGGAAAUUUACAACGAAGCAUUGAUUGCUAUUGAAGACCUUUGCUUGAUGAUGGCAAGCAAAGCAUUAGCUCAAUUAGGUAUGACAGCGCCUAAUCGUGAUAUACACGACCUUUUCAACAAAGACCUGGAGCGUGAACAGCAGUUUGUGCGAAACAAUGAGCCACGGUUAAAUAUCAACCAAAGAACGGUUUACGACCAAAAAUUGCGAGCUAUCGAAGAACAACAUGGUGGACUGUUCUUUUUCGAUGCAGCUGGAGGUACCGGAAAAACGUUUGUCAUUUCGAUUAGUUUGGCUACCAUUCGAGCACAAGGUAGAAUCGCAUUGGCUUUGGCUUCGUCUGGCAUCGCUGCCACAUUAUUGGAUGGUGGUCGCACGGCGCAGUCUGCCCUUAAGUUGCCCUUGAAUAUGAAGGCUGACGAUAAUCCUACAUGCAACAUUUCAAAAAGAUCUGCAAUGGCGAGAGUGCUGCAGCAAUGCUCUCUUAUUGUAUGGGAUGAGUGUACUAUGGCCAACAAGAAGUCACUGGAAGCACUUAAUCACAAACAUUGCCUGUAGUCAAACUAGGAACUUCUGCUGAUGAAAUUAAUGCGUGUUUGAAAACAUCUAAUUUGUGGUGCUCUGUGAAAACACU